GAUGGUAUUUAUGUAAGUUCUUAUGUGAUGAUCUGUUAGAAUGUGAUUUUGGAAGGGUCAAAUCUCCAAAGAUUCCUAAUAAUCUUUAUUAUGGUUACAUUAAGAUUUGAAAUUUAUUGUCUUAUCUGGUAUUCAAGAAUUUGUAUAAUCGCCUUGCGUUUUCCAAGGAAGACGAUAUUCAUCUCCGCUUUUUGAGACAAUCAUACCACCACUGUGGGAAAAUUCCCAUUUGAACAAUCCAAUGGUAAAUGAAUAAAAAAGAAAAAAAAAAUCCAAUAGAGUGUUCAAAAUCAAUUAUCCAUUGGCAAUAAUCUAUUUCUCUUUCUAGUCCAAAUGAAGCUUACUGAUUGGGCAUGUAACCCAAAACCUGGAAAUUACUCAUAGAUUAUCUGCGGCGGUAACCCUGCAACUCCUGCUUACUGAAGUAAACAUGAUAUAAAUCAAUGUAAAUUUAGCAAGCCUUAUUUUUAUAUCCUGCAAGCAUUUUGAUGUCUCCAUGUUCCAUACUUAAUUUGUGUGUUUAAAUAGGUACAAAUAAGCCUGUUAUAGAGAACUUUUGCAAUAUCGCUGACAGGAUCCAUUCUGUGAAUUGUGCUUCAUUAGAGAGCAGAUACUGGCUUGCAAAGAUGGAGACCGACAUUAGUAAUAACCAAGUAUCAAGUGAAGAAGAGAAGAUGAGCAGAUCCCUGAAGAAAUUCCUGCUCGUAUUGAACGGUGCAAUGUUGGGGAUAGGCAAUUGCGGAGGUCCACUCAUCCAGCGGCUCUACUUCUUGAAAGGUGGUAAGGGUGUCUGGAUAUCAUGCUUUCUGCAGACAGCUGGUUGGCCAUUUAUCAUAUUUCCUCUCUCUGUUUCAUACUUGUAUCGUCGAAGGAAAAAGGGUUCCAGGACCAAGCUUUUCUAUAUUAGCCCGCACCUCUUCUUAGCUUGUGCUGUUUUAGGUGUUCUUACUGGCUUUGAUGAUUUUCUUGCUGCCAGUGGUGUUUCUCUUCUACCCGUCACUACUUAUUCUCUUAUAAUUGCUACCCAACUGGGCUUUACUGCUGGAUUUGCUUAUAUUUUGGUCAAGCAAAAGUUCACACCUUUUACCAUUAAUGCAAUUUUCUUAUUGUCUGUUGGAUCUGUUGUCCUAGUCCUCCAUGCUAGUUCUGAUCGCCCUGCUCAUGAAACCGACAAACAGUACAUUAUGGGGUUUUUAAUGACUCUUGGAGCUUCAGUGCUUUAUGGAUUUGUGCUACCCUUGAUCGAGUUGACAUAUAAGAAAGCAAAGCAGACCAUCACUUACACUCUAGUUAUGGAGAUGCAGAUGGUUUUGUCUUUCUUCGCUACUGCAGUCUGCACCAUUGGGAUGCUUCUGCACAAGGAUUUUGAGGCAAUUCCAAGAGAGGCAAGAGACUUUGAGCUUGGGAGAGCAAAAUAUUAUGUGGUAAUGGUGUGUACUGCAGUGUUUUGGCAAUUCUUCUUCAUGGGAGCAGUCGGUGUCAUUUUCUGUCAUUCCUCGUUGCUCUCUGGUGUUAUAAUUUCUGGUCUGCUGCCUGUGACAGAGGCUUUAGCUGUGUUGUUCUACGACGAAAAAUUACGAGUUGAGAAAGUGAUUUCUCUUGUUUUGUCUCUCUGGGGCUUCAUUUCUUACUUCUAUGGUGAGCUCCGGCAAAUCAAGAAACUUAGAAUCAGGCUUCAAAAUUAGGAGAAGUUUAAUCAUAUGUUGAAUAUAUGUAAAAAAUAUAUGUAAUAAGUGCUUGUAUAUAUUUGUUAGCAAGUUUCUGAUUGAGAGGCAAUUGUUGUCAAGUGACCAUGGCUGAUCCCAAAGUUCUGUUCAACUGAAGUUUUUAACUGCUUGAAAAACUAACAAGAGAGUUGCUUCUUUA